AUGCUCAAGGCCGCGCUGGGCCUGGUGGCCCUGGUGGCCGGCGUGUUUGCAGAUCAAGGCAAGGAUUUGGGUUCUGUACUGGCUGGAAACCAGGACCUGAGCAAAUUCUACGAAUUGAUCAAGAAAUUCCCCGAUAUUCUCCUACAGCUCCCCAACUACAGCGGCGUGACGAUCGCAGCGCCUUCCAACGAGGCCAUCGACAACAUCCCGUACACUGCCCUCAACGGCGCCUGGGACCCCGAAGACAGGGACAAGACGAUCCCCCUCCUCCAGUACCACAUCCUCAAAGGAACCGUGAGCAUCGGCGGCCUCGCAGAGGGCCCGACGUACUUUGAAACCACCAGCCUCACCAAUCCCGCCUACACCAACGUCACCUCCGGGCAGGGAGUCCUCAUCAACAAGCAAGGCGACUCGGCCAUCUUCAUCAGCGGCCAAGGCACGCGGUGCUCGGUGACCAAGUCGGACAUUCCCUUCGCCGGCGGCCUCGUCCAGAUCGUCGACAACCUCCUCGUCCCGCCCACGCAGCUGGACAAGACGGCCCAGGCCUUCAGAGCAGUGUCCUUCCUGGGCAGCCUCUACGCCGCCAAGCUGAUGCCCGACAUCGCCUACCGCCAAAACGUCACCAUCUUUGCUCCUUCCAACGACGCCUUCAAGCUCGUCGGCGGCGGCCUGGCCGGCCUCAACGCCACCCAGCUGGCCCGCAUCAUCAAGUACCACGUCAUCCCCAACCAGGUUCUCGACUCGCACCUGCUCACCAACGGAACCAACUACACCACCCUGGCCAUGGACGCAUCCGGCAUGAACCCGGCCCAUCUCACCAUCCGACAGGACGGGAACAACAAGUACGCCAACACGGCCCAGAUAAUCCAGCCGGAUAUCCUGCUCGCCAACGGCGUCAUGCACCUCAUUGGCAGCGUGCUCAACCCCGACGUGGGAAACAUUGUUCCCAACCCGGACAUUGCCACGCAGCCACCCGUGUAUCCCGUGUCGACCGCCUCUGGUGUCUUCACCUCGGCCCUGCCGUGCACCACCAACUGUCCCGUGACGACGAGCGACGAGGCGACGCCAACCGCCACAGCCACCACCAGCCUUUUAUUCUCCAGCUCUUCUCACGGCGCAGGGCCUAGGUGUACCGCCCAAGCAGUAGGGGCUGCUGCCCUGGGAGCGAUUGGCCUGGGAGCCGGCAUGGCGGCCUGGAUGUAG